ACGCAUAAAGUCCGAGGAAGAACCCGGAAACGCAGUUCGAGUACGUGCGGAAACUUGACGGUGACUUCGGUCAGUCGCUCUGAUUUUCAUCUCACCGUCAACCUCGGACACCGGCUGACAUCUUUACGAUUGCAGGAUGGUUGUGCUUUCUAAAGAGUAUGGAUAUGUGGUGUUGACUGGCGUUGCCAGUAUGGUGAUGCUUGGACAUCUGGCCAUAAAAGUUGGCAAAGCCCGCAAGAAGUACAACGUACAGUAUCCUCAGAUGUACAGUGACGACCCAGAAACUGGAAACAUUUUUAACUGUAUCCAGCGUGGACACCAAAACGCCAUGGAGUCCUACCCCGCCUUUCUUUUCUGCCUGGCAGUUGGUGGUAUGCACAGUCCUCGUCUUACCAGUGCACUUGGAGUCGUAUGGAUCCUAGGGAGAGAGGUGUACGCACAUGGGUACGCCACAGGAGAUCCUGCUAAGAGAAGGUGGGGGGGAUUUGGGACCGUGGCUCUGAUGGGGAUGAUUCUGUCCACGGCCUCCUUCGGCCGCACCCUGCUUGGCUGGACGGGACCACGGAUGAAUCCCUUCCGCGUGGGCGGCUGUUGAUGGCAAUGAAGUGCUCAGGCUGUGCUCUCCUUGUCAUUUACUCUAUUAAUCUAAGCCACUACAUAACCUGUGUACUUUGCAGCAUAUGUGCAAACCCCGGAGAAAUUUAACAUUCAAAUCCAGGUGAAUACAAUGCUCUCACUGGACCGGUUCUCCAGGUGUACAUCAAAAUGUUUAGACAAAACAUUGCUGCUGCUGCUAAAAAAAACAAAAAACGUUUUAAUAUUUAUCUUUUAUUUUGGUAUCUUUUGUCUUGUACUGGAAAUGAGGUUUGUCUGGUCAAACAAAUUAUAUUAAACCGUAGUCAUACA